AUGCUCAUCGACGGUGAAAAGUGGGCUUGUGAAGCGUGCGUCCGCGGCCACCGUGUGACGACCUGUAAACACCAUGAUCGACCACUGAUCCGGAUCAACAGAAAAGGUCGCCCCUUUUCGACCUGUUCUGUAUGCAACUGCACCCCAUGCCAGGCUCCAGAGGAGCACACCAAACUUAGACGCUUCCUGCCCAUCGCCCCCCGGCCGGGCCCCGCGAACGCCGGAUCCGUCUCCCCAACCGCCCUCGCACCCUCCCCCAGCUCCGUAACAACGAUGCACCACCCCAGCACGAAUCCGCGGUCCGGCGCCGCACGCACAGCAGCAGCAGCAGCAGCAGCGGCGGCCGCACAGUCACAGUCACAGUCACAGUACCCGUGCGCACCAGGCGCAACGCAGAUGAUGCACGCGCCCACGUCCCCCGGCGCGGGGACGCAUCACCCCAUGCUCUCGCCCGCGCCCUCGCAAUUCCCGCUCACCGGCUCCUAUGCGGCGCCAGGACUUGUCUCCGGCGUGGAUGUCCCCGUCUCCAUGGCGAUGAUGGAGUCGCCGAUGCUGUUCGAUGGCUAUGCGGACGGCGGGGUGUUCUCGCUGGAGGAUCUGGAUGUCCAUGGACUGCCGGAGGAGAUGCUGCACCAGGACUGGGGGGAUCAGUUCUGGCUUGGGGAUGAUUCCGUAUGA